AACACGCAAAAUGUUCAAAUGAUGGUAAAUGUACAUGUAAAAAAAAUUUCUCACAAUUUAACGAAACAACAUGUAUGCCUCUACUAAACGAAUUCUGUACAACGCAUGAAGAAUGCAUUGUUAAAGAUUCAGUUUGUAGAGAAAAUAAAUGUCAAUGUAAAUUUUUCACGACUUCUGUAUCUAAUCGACAAUGUAUACCACUACUGACGGAUAAAUUUUGUUACAAUGAUAAUGAUUGUCGCGAUAUAAAUCAUACAAAGUGUUCAAAUAAUCAACGAUGUACUUGUGUAUCAAAUUAUAUUCCAAUAAAUAACACUGUUUGUGCACCACUUAUAACUGGACACUGUGUAAAUGAUAAUGACUGUAUUACGGCAAAUUCAUUUUGUUUUAAUAAUACGUGUCAAUGCAAAUAUAGUUAUAGAGCACGUUCUUAUUUUGAGUGUAAAAAAGUUUCAUUAGGGGAUUCUUGUAAUGAAAAUUCAGAUUGUGAGAUGAUAGCAAAUACUCAAUGUUCAAAUCAUAAUAAAAAAUGUAUUUGUGACGACAAUUCUUUUGCAUAUAAUAAAACUUCUUGCAUACCAAUGAUUGGUAAAUUUUGCUCAAAUGAUAGUGAAUGUGAUUAUGAUCGCUAUCAUUGUUUUGAUAAUAAAUGUCAAUGUCUGAAUCAUUACUUGCCUGUGUCAGAAAAUCAGUGUGUAUCGUCAUGGGUAGUUACCAAAUGUAAUAAUGAUACAGAUUGUGGUGUUCCAUGGCAUUGGGAAUGUUCAAAAAACAAAAGAUGUUCAUGUAAAGCAAACAAUACUGCAAUAAGUACUACAACGUGCUUACCACUUAUUGGAGGAUAUUGUUGGAAAGAUGAUCAGUGUGUUGUUGAGAAUUCUUUUUGCAUUGAUUUUCACUGCAGAUGUGUGUACCCAUUUAUAGCUGUGGCUAAUAAUUUGUGUAGAAUAAAUUAAAGUAUGCAGCCUAGAUUUCAAAAAAUCGACGUUUUCUUUUUUUUCGAAGAACAUUGAAAAAUCGACAGAGUAUCUCUAGACAAAGACCCUGUUAAAAUAUGAGACCUUAGUAUUAAUAAUAUUUAAAGGUGGCGAUUCGCGAUUUUCUAUUUUCCAUUUAAGUAACAUGGGAAAAAAAAUUUUAAGUUUGGAAUUUUAUACCUCGGCGAUGGCUUAUUGAACAGAUAAGUUCAGGACAUAUUUUUGUAGGGAAUUAAACGCUCUACAAAAAAAGUCUCUUGUCAUUUUUUAAUAAAUCCAUCUGUUCAAAAGUUAUUGGAGCUCGAAGUCAAGUUAGAGUAAAUUUUGAGAUCUUUUUACUUUUCCGGCGAAACUAUCGAACUUAUCAUAAAAUGUUAUGAAAUCUUUUGUGUAGACAAUUUUAUUUCCUACAAAUUAUCCUGAAUAAAUUUAUUUCAAAUUUCACAUUGUUUUCUAGUUAUUUCCAUUUUAAUG